AAGUUGGAUGACUAUUUUGGAUAAUGAACCGUAUAGGCGAGGCUUGGUGAACGACGAUUGGUGGGAGGGCGCCGAACGGAACAAAACAAAAAACGAGCAAACGCCAGAGAGUUAGCCGGGCGGCAACCAAGAACGGGAAGUCUAUCAGAAUUGAUCCUUUCCUUUCAGAUUCUUGUACUCACCCCAACUCCAUUCUUGUCGCCAUUACUUCUGCCGGAGAAAGAUUCUCCAAUCUCUCUCUCUCCUUUCCAAAAAUGUCGAUUCAUUGAAACCCCCCAACUACCGCUACAAGCAGUGAGUAUCGCGUCACUCCCGCCAUCCACCCAAAAAUAUGGCUGCGUCCUCCGUUCUCCUCUGCAACCCUCUCUCCGCCCUCCGCCGCCGCCCAACCGCCGUCCCUGCCGCCGGAUUCCCCAGACCCCUCACCGUAGCAACUCCGCUUCCACGCUCUGUCCUCCUCCGCCCUGGUCUUCGUUCCUCUACCAAUUUUUUACUCCGGAGUUCGUCUCCUCCUCGGACUUCCAUCCGCGAUGUCGACUCUCCCGCCGAUGAACCGCCGCCCGUCGGCGAGGACUCUGCUCUCUUCCAAUUGGAGGAUCAAAAGCUCUCAUCCUGGCUCUACUUCUCCGUCAUCCUCGGCGUCGUUUUGUUCCUCCUCAACCUCCUCUGGAUCGACAAUUCCACCGGCUACGGCAAGGCCUUCGUCGAAUCUCUCUCCGCCGUAUCCGACAGCCACGAGGUUGUAAUGCUUAUGCUCAUCCUGGUUUUCGCAACUGUACACAGUGGGUUGGCUAGCCUGAGAGAGGCAGGGGAGAAGGUGGUAGGAGAACGAGCAUUUCGUGUUCUGUUUGCAGGAUUGUCUCUUCCUCUAGCUGUUAGCACAGUGGUUUACUUCAUCAAUCACAGGUACGAUGGGACUCAGCUGUGGCAGCUGCAAUCUGUCUCCGGGUUACACGAAGUCUUAUGGCUAUCAAACUUCAUUUCCUUCUUCUUCCUCUACCCUUCAACCUUCAAUCUUUUGGAGGUUGCAGCUGUGGACAAGCCAAAGAUGCAUCUCUGGGAGAGUGGAAUCAUGAGAAUCACAAGGCACCCCCAGAUGGUCGGGCAAGUGAUGUGGUGCGUAGCUCACACGGUGUGGAUAGGGAACUCAGUGGCACUUGCUGCAUCCGUUGGUCUGAUCGCACAUCAUCUGUUUGGUGUGUGGAAUGGGGACAGGAGACUAGCCGCGAGGCAUGGGGAAGCAUUCGAAGCUGUGAAGGAGAGGACGAGUGUAGUUCCGUUUGCAGCCAUACUGGAUGGUCGCCAGAAGCUACCCAAAGAUUACUACAAGGAGUUCUUGAGGCUGCCUUAUCUGACCAUCACGGCGGUGACAUUAGGUGCAUAUUUUGCUCACCCCUUGAUGCAGGCUUCGAGCUAUGGCCUCCAUUGGUAAAAUGGGAAAGUAAGCAACUGUACUUGGAAUGUAGUUGUUGUCCAGCUACAUUUGAUCAUCAUGUAACUAGGCUAGGAAAAGAGGUCUGUAAAAUGUACCAUCUGUUGUAGCAUUUGAUCAUGCAAACACGGGAACUGAAUCUAGAACAUGGAAUGAGAGUUAAGAAAGAACAGACUCGAUUCUUCAUUUAUUGUAAUGGAAACCUCAGUAAUACAGCACAAUACAUUCUGCAGUCAUAUAAAAGCUUCGAGCUUUACAUUGUUCUGCAGGAAUUACAUACCAACAUAAACAUAGUACUUUUGCUUAAUCUUAUUCUGUCGCCAUCUUUAUUUUAGCAAAGCAGUUGAGGUAGCUCAUUGGUAUUGAUGGCUGCUUUGAACAGGGACAGUGGUAGGAAGUUUUACAACUCCUUUGUAGAUCAAAGGAGGAAUAGAGCGGCGGCUGUUCUCCAGCCAAAUUCAUCAUCUGACAUUGCAGAAAAACACAUCUUGAUCAUCAUCAACAACAACUGCUCAAACUUGUUCAGCUCCAACAACUGUGCAUCAUGCUCCAGGCCAGCCGGGUACUGAGGCUUACACCUCUCUCCCUCACCAGCAAAGUAAGCCCACAAAUGGCAAAAAAAACCCUAUUGGCUGAAUUGAAAGCCAAAGAGGUAAAAAUUAUGAAAGCCAUUGGGACUCCUCCACUGAUCAGAAAGUGGCGUCGAGAAGGCACAGCACUGCUAGUCUGUGUGUUCUGAGCUGUUGAGGAUGACCACAACAUGAGACCCACAAAAGAAGAGGGUGAAAAAGCAUAGAAGAAGAAAACUUGAGAAGGAAGGAAAGGAACAAAAACAAUGCUGCAGGUUGGGGUUAUUGCUGAUUGAGGGUGAAGGGAUGGAUUAGUUUAGUCUUCUCCCUGAAUGUACCAGCAGAGGAGCAUGGUGGCGCAGCGGCGGAGGACGUACAUCUUUGCUCGUUGCUCCUUGAUCAAGGAUGCACAUUUCCUGGUGAUCUUGCGGCCCUUCUUGCUUGGUGCAGCAGAGAGGCCAUUAGCAGAGGCAGCAUUCCUGGUGUAAACCGUGAUCUCAGCCAUUUUUGUGCUUUGUAGUGUUGAGUGACUAAACAACAGCGUAAAGAAUGGACGGCAGGAAGAAAAGAACAAAUCAAACCCCAAAUGAGGGUGAAAAAAAAAGGGAAGAUGGACAAGAAGAAGAAGGGUUGGUGCUGUUUGGAGAUGGAGGGUGGAUGGAAUGGUGGUAUUUAUGGGUAUGGAGUGCAUGGGGGGAAAUAGGGUGGGAGGGAGUGAACAUAAGCUAAACCUGGGAAGUUGUGAUUCUUAGGAAAGAUUAAAUAUUCUUUGUAUGAAAAAGAGGUGGAUGGAAUGGAGUGAAUUUUCCAGGAAAGAUCCAGGAUUUGACUUGUUUGUCAAGUGAGGGAAUGAACAUGGUCGCCUUCUUACCAAGUAAUUUUUGUCUUAUGUGUAUAAAUGAAGCUAAAUCAUGUAGAAUUUAUCUUCAUAACUCGUAGGCAGAGCGUUACAUUUUUUAGUCAUCUAAUUUGGAAUUGAAAUAAAAUGUAUCACAUUAA